GUUUGCGCUUCCACAUUCGGUUUUCAGUCCAGCUCGGCACGUCCAACGUGCCAGUUCAAUAAGAAAUUCUCCAGGACACCCGGGACACCCAGGAAUCAUUUUUUAUCAAACCAUCCGAUCUCAUUUUAAAAAAACAGCCAUUCCUACCUGUCAAAUGAAAGCUGGCGACCUGAGGGAGUGAUGACGUGAAGAAGCCCGUAUUUUUUUUGAAUUUUCAAACGAGAUAAAUACACUGACGAUGAGAUAAACCAGACUUGAGGACAAGGUGGUGGCAAGGAUGUGUUAUGUGAUAGUCACCGGGCGCAGCCUCUUGUGGUCCCUGCUGUCCCUGGUUGCUAUGAUGGCUGUACUUUCUGCUGUCAUUACUCCAAAGUGGAUUGUCGGGCCGCCAAAAACCAAAAAUACUGAAAAUGGUUUACAACUGGAUUACCCAACGGCGGGCAUUUUCAACCGGUGCACUCUACUCCAUGACAAAAUGAAUUGCGCAAAUUUUAAUUCAGAUGGUUUGGCUACGGAUCCAUCAGUUUUCCCCAGUUGCUGGAAGGCAUCGCUCUUUUUUCUCUCACUUGGAUUAUCGAUAAUGGCACUGACAGUCUUUGCAGCACUCGUUGGCUGCUGCGUGCAGAGUAUCGGACGUAAAAGUAUUUUCAAUCUUGCUGGAGUAGCGCAGACUGUCGCUGGAAUUAUUUAUUUAUUCGGAAUGAUACUGUAUCCAGCUGGAUGGGGAGCGGAAAGGGUCCUAAGAAUAUGCGGCCCCGAAGCUGGGCCAUUCUUACUUGGAGACUGCAAUCUUGGUUGGGCGUUCUACAGUGCAACAAUUGGAGUAGCUCUGACAUUCGUAUGUGCAAUGUUGAGUGCUCAGGCUGAAAAAUCUACAGCAAGUGACAAAGUCCAGGACAAAAUGAACGAGGGAAAGACACUGAUUUGCUUGGCCUCGUGAAUAUCCCAAUAUGUAAAAUGAAACAAGAGAGAAAACCCUGGAGAAAAAAUCCAGAGAACUUACGAGAUAAGUUGAAUUAUUUUUUCAUCGAGCCACUGGAGUCGCAUUACGCUCUUCGGUAAAUCCAUUGUAUUCCUGGAUACAUUUUUAUCCUCCAGACUUUAGCGGAAGCUUUAUAGUGUUACGUAAAAUAUUAUAUUUACUACAGUCAUUUUUUACCCAAUUUUGUACGUGUGAAUAUAUAUCU